UUAAGAACAGGAUGGAGCACUUUUUGAAAUGUAACAGUUCUUCUUAUUUGAGUUAAUCAUUGUUGAAUCUUUUAAACUGCACCUGGUGUUUCCCUGCUUAAGCGUAAAACGUAGGUUACUCGGCAACGUCUCCGUUGAACGAAGGUGAGCUUUUUUUUAAACUUAGAAAUCUGCGUUUAACUUUAUCUACUGAACUGUUUUAUGUUCAGAACAGCUACACAGCUAGCUAAUGUUGGCGGUUUAAGAGUUAUGUCUGUUUUUGUGACAUAAUCCGAACGUGUCCCAUAAUAUGGAAGGAAUUGUGUUAAUAAUGAAUAAACGUAGGUAUUUUGUUUCAGCUUCAGAGCCGUGUGUGCGAUAUAUCAGUUCCUGUUUUUAUAUUAGUGCUGACUCAAAUAAAGCGAUGGACUUAUAGCAUCCCUGGCAUGAAGUGUGCUUUUGUGCUAGUGCUUACUAUUUUAACAUUUUGCUUCUAUAUGCGUACACCUUUCCCCGGUGGUUUUUUUAAAAACCGUUAACCAGUGAGUUUUUAAUAUUUUAUGAUAUGACCUUAUCUUAGCGUACCGUUCAAACGAAAGACUGUCGAAUUUUCCGAGCCGCAGUUGAACGCCCCAUGUUUCCAGCCUCCAGGCACAAGCAGCGAUGCACUUCAAAGACAGACGUCCUGCUGACACAGCCGCGUUCUGGACGCAAAUCUUUGCUUUUUUCAUCACUUGCUUAUAGUUUUAAUAGAGUUUACAUGGCUCCAUGUUAGUUGCCUUCGUGAAAACUAACACUUGGACACCUUACUCAGGCGCAUGCAUGCUAUUUUGUCUAUGGUUCACCUACUCUUUGGUGCCUCUGAAGGUUAAAGACUGAACACGGAUCAAGCCAUGAACGCUCACGCUGACCAGCUGAGGGAGCUCUCCAUCGCGGCAGGGACGUAGCUGUGCCUCACCGGCCUCCCAAAGUUCUCCAUCAUCUCGUCGGACCCACCUGCCGCUCUUCUGAAGUGAGACCGUUCUGCGGAGCAACAUGGGGGAGCGGCGAGCGCACUCCUUCCACAUGACCUGCCACGUGCAGCGGGACUACGGCAGCAGGAUGGCCAGCUCCUUCAUCCGCUGCCACCCCAACGGGUACGCGGACACCAACCUCACCAUGGACCAGGACCUGGACUCGGACAUCCCUGCCAGCCCGGCUCUAUCCGCAAAAGCCCGCCUCUCGCUGCGCGCCCCUCCACCUGGUCGCGGCCACUACUCUCCUGUUUCACUGGAACUGGACCCUACAGCGGUGAAUAAUGGAUCAGGCUUCCCCUUCAGCCCGACCACAGACACAAAGAACCCAGCGCUGCAGAUCACACCCGGGCAGCCCUCGAUCAUCUCCAUCCCUGCAGCUAUCCCGCGCUCCAGCUGGCUGCAUUCUCACAAGGAUUUCCAAAGUCCUUACAUCCAGACUAGCAUGCAGGGGGAUGUUUACAACUUCCUCGAGAGACCCGCUGGACUGAAAUGCUUCCUCUACCACUUCCUCGUCUUCAUCAUGGUCCUGGUGUGUCUGAUCUUCAGUGUGCUCUCCACAAUAGAGCAGUAUGCAGAGUUUGCCACAGGAACGCUCUUCUGGAUGGAAAUUGUUCUGGUGCUGUUCUUCGGCACAGAGUAUUUCGUCCGGCUGUGGUCGGCCGGCUGUCGCAGCAAGUACGCGGGCAUCAAGGGGCGACUGCGCUUCAUCAGGAAGCCCAUCUCCAUCAUAGAUCUGAUCGUUGUCAUCGCCUCCAUCAUUGUGCUCGGCGUCGGGUCCAAUGGACAGGUGUUUGCCACGUCUGCCAUCAGGGGCAUUCGUUUCCUGCAGAUCCUGCGCAUGCUCCACGUGGACCGACAAGGAGGAACAUGGAGGCUGCUGGGAUCUGUAGUCUUCAUCCAUCGCCAGGAGCUGAUCACAACGCUGUACAUCGGCUUCCUGGGCCUCAUCUUCUCCUCGUACUUUGUCUACUUGGCUGAGAAAGACGCCGUGGACGAGGAGGGCAAGACGGGCUUCUCCAGUUACGCCGAUGCACUUUGGUGGGGCGUGGUGACUGUGACCACCAUCGGCUACGGGGACAAGAUCCCUCAGACGUGGAUCGGCAAGGCCAUCGCCUCGUGCUUCAGUGUCUUCGCCAUCUCUUUCUUCGCUCUGCCUGCUGGGAUCUUGGGAUCAGGGUUUGCGCUGAAGGUCCAACAAAAGCAGAGGCAGAAGCACUUCAACAGACAGAUUCCUGCUGCUGCUUCGCUCAUACAGACCCUUUGGAGGUGCUAUGCUGCAGAAAAACCUGAUGGCUGUGCCGUCACAUGGAAAAUGUACGUUCUAACCCCGGAGCCUGUCACUACAGCGGACUCUGAGACCCCCACCCCCAACGUCAGAAAGCUAAACGUGUCGAAAAAAGGACCUAAGAGGCGACUCAAAUCGUUCCGGGGUAACGGCUCCAUCAGCGUGGCGUCCGACAGAGCCAUACCUCAGAUCACCUACGAUCACAUCGAUGACUCGGCGGAGAAGAAAGAUGUCUCGCUGUUCCUGGACGAGCCCAGGGACUCUGUUCAAGGAAUCACUGGAGUCUUCAGAGACACCGGCGCUCCUCUUCACUCUUGGUCGUCUUUCACUCUGAGCUGCCCCGCCUCCCCAGUCAAAAAGAACUUGGACAACAGCAUGUCCAUCGACAUCUCUCGAGCCAACAGCUUCAAUGAAGACCUGGACUACAUGAACGAGGACGUCCCGUUGACCUCCAUGACGGAGAGCACGCAGUUGUCUCACGCGCACAGGUCGGCGGUGAAGGUUCUGCGGAGGAUGCAGUACUUUGUCGCCCGGAAGAAGUUUCAGCAAGCGCGGAAGCCCUAUGAUGUGCGGGACGUGAUCGAGCAGUAUUCCCAGGGUCACCUCAACAUGAUGGUCCGCAUCAAGGAGCUGCAGCGGAGGCUGGAUGGCACGCUGGGGAAGCCCGGAAUGUUCCUCCCAGGGAAGGGAGAAGAUAAAGAGUUCCCAACCAUCGGGGCGCGACUGAUCAGGCUGGAAGAUAAGGUCUACCAGAUGGACCACAAGCUGGACUGCAUCCUCAGGAUUCUCAGGGACCAGUUCGCACCCAAGCCGGAGCUGACGCCCACGCCGUCCUUCCGCAGGGUGACCAUCCAGAAGCGCAGGGGGACGAGCAUCGACGACGGGCUCUGAUCCAACAGAUGCUCAGAGAACUCUGCACCGAGUCAUGACAGAACACCACCAGUCUUCCAAGCUGCGUCGCUAGCUUCACCCUUUCCCACCCACUCGGAGCGAACAACUCGUCGACCCGUCAGGACGCAGCGACGCGUCACACGUACCUCUAAGUUUUUACUGCUCUGUCUGUGCUCCAGGAGGACGAGUCCAACUGGUCCACUUGUGUUUGCAGAUGAUUGUUUAUAGGACUCAUCCUGGAAUACACACUUGAAGUCACUACAUGGUUCAGGAAUGUUCUCUCUCCCGACCUGUCCUGGACUCACAACACAUUUUAAUCCUCCUGCGAGUCUCCUGACUUGUUUCUUGUUGGAUUCUGGGGUCACAGCUUGAUGGUCAGAUUCUUCUCUGAGAAGUUACCAACUUUGUUUCCUGUCAUAUCUGAGUGUCUUUCAGAGGUCAAGUUGGUCCGGCACGUCACAAGCCGAGCGUUCGACGUCCCUCCAGAGCAGCGUCUUUCCUGAAUUUCUGUUCUUUCCCACAUUGACUCGUGGACAACCCCGACUUUUCCACCUACCGUUUGAAGCGUCACCAUCGUGGCUCUCAGAGAGACCACAAAGCACCACACAAACGCAGUCAAUGCACACGCCACGCCCCACUCACGUUUCACUCCCAACAGUUAGCCAACAGAAGAGUCUUUAGCCCAGACUCGUGUAGCCCCUCGACUUGACAGGGUUCUGUUGCUGCGUCACGUCGUGAGUCGUAUACACCACUCAAGUCAGAGUGCCGCAAAACACUGCACCAGCUAGUGACGUAUUCUUCCACCAUGUUCAGGAACUUCUCUAUUGAAUAAGAAUUCUAACAGCAACUGUCGUGACACGAGCACCACCAAGUCGGAGCUACACAACCACCACUUCACUUCCGUAAAGUAGCCAUUUUGAGGCAUUUAAUAAGCUAGCAGUCAAGGAAAACGUGACAUGACACCAAGCCGCAGUGUCCCGCUCAGCUAAUGUGUCCGCUGCGUUCAGGAACGACAAACUUCGUCACGCGGUUGUUACGACACAACGUAAAGUCGAAGGGCGCUGCACUAAGCUAACGCUCUUGUUGUGCCACGUUUCACCAUGGCGUGAUGUAAACACUCGCCUGACUUGAUCUGUUGGUCACACAAGCACAAGGUGGCGCUACUGUUCACUCUGUGUGUUGAGUCGCAGGAAGUCCCUGCUGAAAGCUAGCGGCGUCAACAAACAAAGCCACACACAACAAGGAGUCAUUGUAGCUUCUUACUUCUCACACGACUAUUUUUAUAACACGCUGCAUAAAUGAAUUCACACUCAUCACAGGGAGUUUAUUUCCAGCCACAUUCACUUCCCUGCAGCUCCGCUUCUCUACAUGAGUUUACAGUUCGAGUCAUGGGACCCAACCUGAGGGAGCAGGUGCUACCAGGACUCCUCAGGUCACAACAGACUGAGAUACCCCUCUAAUGCUAGCUCGCUAACAUACGAAGCUAAUACCAAAACAGUCCAGGUUUAGUUCCCAUCAGUGUGAACAUGACUCUUGACUGGGACUUCAGGACUGGAACCAAACUGAAACUAAGUACCUACUGUACUAAUGUAAAGACUCGACUGAGGUCCUCCUGACACUUCGUCACCAAGCUCCGGUGCUAACGUCGACCUGCUGAACUACACCUGGACCGAGGUCUCACACAUCCGCCCGAGUCUCUUGGCUCCAGCUGCCGACACCUCUGGCCUGUCUGUCGGUACUGAGUCAGUCACACGAGGAGGCCCGGCCCGUGCCGGCACCGGAGCCCCGAAGCAGCGCCGAGCUGAGGAAUGUCGGGGGGGAAAAAUGGCCGACUGACGGCGCGCAGGUCGGGCUGUGCGUAUAUGGCUUCCAGCGCCCUCCCUCACACCCUCAGUUACCCGCUCACACACGGGACGUCAGACAGCUCCAACUAAUGUUUUCCUUCCUGGCCUCAGAGAUGAUUGGAAUUCUUGGUCGGAGGAGAGAGGAAACUCUGGAGUAAACUCUGGGACAAAUCCCUGCGUGGCACCUGUCUGUCGCACGGAGCAGCAAAGGUGUUUUUGCCGUGGUUCUUCUUCCUCUUCUGCUGCUGCUGCUGCUGCUGCUGCUGCUGUCGCCCCCCACACACCUUCUUCUGUACAGUUUUGUAAGAGUUGUAAAUAAAGCAUGGCCUUACUGGAACUGCCGUCCUGUAGAAGCACGUCCGAGUGAGACCUCCCGGACACAAGACUCCUGCUCUGUCGCUCUGCUGUAAAUAUUAAACCUCCAUUUCAGUACGUUUGCUCGUCUUCUUCAGCGGCCCUUUGACCUUUGACCUGCUGGCUCACUGGUGGCACAAAGUGUCUUUUAAAAUCAUAUUUCGUCCAAUGGUCUAGUCCUGAUGCUGAGGAACAUUUGACUGGGAAAAAAAAACAUUUUAAGGUUACAGUCCUU